AUGGUACUCUACCCCAAAAUUGUUGCGUACCUUACUCAUCCCUUCGUCGGCAACAAAGCCCUAGUCGCCGCUGCCGCCGACGCCGACGUAACCCUAUUCGCCGUUUUCGAAGCUCUGUUCGCCCCCGAGGAAGCCCCUAGAAGUUCGCCUACUCUCAAGGCUAAGCUCUCAGAAUUUGGGUCUUUGCUUCGCAGGGUUUACCAUGAGGUUUCCGUGAGAACCUGGAAUCUACCUCGAGGUUUUUGGAUGGCAAACUCCGUGGAAGAUUUCUCCCAAUUCGGGAUUUCAAAGGAGGAAAAGGAUAAGCUUGUUGGGGAAGUGAUUAGGUAUAUGCUUUUCAAAACCCAUCAAAAUUCAGGGUGCCCUAUAAAGAGAGAGGAACUCACUCAACUCGUUACGAAGAACUAUCAUCAGCGUAACCUUCCUACCUUUGUGAUUAACGAGGCUAAGGAGAAGCUUUCCUCGGUAUUUGGGUAUGAAAUGAAAGAGCUUCAAAGGGCCCUCCCUUCAUCCAAAGCCCAAACACGGUUAUCCCAACAAAGUGGUGCAGAUUCAAAAUCAUAUAUUCUCACAAGUCAACUUCCUCCUAAUAUAUAUGAAAAAUAUGUUGUGGAUGCGAAUAAUGCGCAUAUAUCUGGAUUCACUUUUGUCAUAAUUAGUACUGUACAUCUUGCUGGUGGCAAAAUUCCAGAAGAAAAUCUAUGGAGCCAAUUGAGGAGGAUGGGUUUGGGUGAAAAUGAAGCAAAUCAUCCAGUCCUUGGAAAUGUUAAGCAAGCACUGGAACUUCUUGUUCAGCAAAGGUAUUUACAGAAAGACAAAGUUAAUGGUCCUGAAGGCAAUACUGUAUAUUAUGAGCUAGCUGAGAGAACUUUAGAUGCACCCAUGAGCGACAGGGUGAAGGAAUACAUAUCUCAGAUUGUGCAGGAUAAUACUUCAGUGGGUGCUGCUUAA